UAAUGGAAUGAAAUGCACCUCCAGUUGGUGGAGAGGUGGCUCCAGGCAUCCCUUUUGGACCUCCCCACUCCCCCCCUGCCCCCACAAUCAACAUGUGGUUUCAUUUCCAAGGGCUCCGGUGUUAGCAUUUCCAUUUCCUCAGGAAGCCGCGUCCGUUCUUGCUCUUACUUCUGAGGCGGAACGUGUGUUUUCCUUGGCGCCAGCUCCAGGAGUGCCUGGGGCAGCGAGGAAAACAGUCCCGCGCAGGUUCUGGUCUCAGACACCCUCCCCACGCCCCCGGCUGUGGCUUUUUCUUGGUCUCCAUCCCUGGGGGUGCCGCCCACUCUCCCCCGCCGCACCUGGGCCCCGUGGCCACCCGAGGGGGGCCGCGCCGUCCUCAGUGCCUGCGCCCCGGCCUUCUUUCUGCUGGGAAACUCUGGUUGCCCUCCCAGAGUCCGCAUACCACAGGCUCUUAAUUAAGAAAGUAUGUUCCCACUUCGUGUCACUCGAAAAGAAUGAAAACAGUGACAGCAUUUAUUUAUCUUCACUAUCAAUAUCAUUCCUGUUCUAAGUCCGUUGGGGGUUGUGAGUCUUGCAGGAAUUGACUGGGUUGUGAGAGUUUAACCUCGGGCGUGUGCUAUGGGGACACAUGUGGCUUCUUCCCGAGAGGGAGAGGGCGCAGGACAGCGGAGCCCCGCCUGCCCCGCGGAGCUCGGGGCUGAGUGGCUCAGUGGUGUUGGAGCAGCUCUCGCCUGCCUAGGUGCCGCUGGGUGGUCAAGACGCCUCUCACCACCAGCUAUCCAGGCGAGGAGAUGUGAUCGAAGUGGCUGCCGUUUGUGUGGGGCCUGCCGUGUGCCAAGACUGGGCUGCGUGCUCGCGUGUGUCGCUGUGUGUUGUUGCUCGUCCUCAGCAGCCGUGGGCUGGGGCUGCCCCGCCAGGAGCGGCACUCUCGCCGUCUGGAGCAGGGUGAUUCUGUGUGGUGGGGGCUGUCCUGUGCAGUGUGGGAUGUCUAGCUGCGUCCCUGGCCCCCACCCACUCACCAGGAGUAACCCCCAAGUUGUGCAAACUGAAAAUGUCUACGGACAUUGUCCAAACUGUCCCCAGUUGAAAACCGCUGAGCUUAGAGGAUAGGGGUAGGAGUCAGACCCCAGCCCGUGCUAGCUCUGGGGAAGUCCUUGCCCAAGCGUGGCAGCCCUGCCUGCCUCGGGGAUCCAGGCAGCCGAGUAGCCUCUUGGAGUGUUUGAGGCGUGUCCUGGUCAGCUACAAGCACUCGCCUUCUAGAAUCUCCACGGGGACCCAGCUUCAUGGCGGAGGCCGGGGACAGAAAUUAUUUAGUAGCGCUGCAGCAGCUUGCUCUGUGACCUCAGAGGCUGAAGGGUUAUCAGCGAGCAUUUUCUCCAUACCAGCAGUAAGGCGGUUCACUUCCUUGUUAUGCGUGUGUUUACUAGAGUAGCGCUUUUAAUUUUCUGCAAGAACUUUUCCUUUGCACUCACAACUCGCCUAACUAGCGAGGGGAAGAGGCCUAGCUUUUGGCCUCGGUAUUCAACAUGCCUGCUUCACUCAGCUUAAUCGUCUCUAGCGUUUGAUUGAAAGUCAGAGAUGUGUGAUUCUUCCGUUCAUUUGAACACUUAGAGGCCAUUGUGCGGUUGUUAAUUGGUCUAAUUCCAAUAUUGCCGUGUCCCAGGGAGCAGGGAGGCCCGAGGAGAGCGGGAGAGAUGGGAGAAUGGCUGGUUGGUGGAGCGGUCGGAACACGCACAGCAUUUAUCCAUAAAGUUUGCCGUCUUCCACCGUGCGGUUCUCGGUGCCCCAAAACAAUUACAAUGGUAACAUCAAAGCUCACUGAUCACAGAUCACCAUAACCGAUAUAAUAAUAAUGAAAAAGUUUAGAAUACUGAGAGAAUUACCAAAAUGUGACACGGAGCACAUGCUGUGGGGAAAAUGGUGCAGAAAGACUUGUUGGACGCAGGGCUGCCACAAACCUUCAAUUAGGUUUAAAAAACACAACGUCUGCAAAUACGGUGAGACACACAGUAAGAUGAGGUGCCUGCACAUUGUCUGGCAAGGCUGUCACUACAGCGGCAGAGUUGGAUAGGUGUGGCGGGGACCACGUGGCCCUCAGAGCCUAAAAUGCGUACGGCUGGCCCUUUACAGAGACGCUUCCCUACCAUUGCCCCUGGACCAGGGGUCCACAUGCCAGACCAGGAAUCCCCGCUGGGGCUGGAGAAACAGAGCUUUGCAAUCCUGGUUAAGACUGAGCCUGGAAUUGGGUCCAAGUCCCUGUAAUCAUCUGCCUCCGUGAAGCUGGCACCUCGAGAAGGUCUCCAGGCUGAGAAGGAACGUAGAGGUUAUUUACUCUAAUUUUCCCAUUUUAUGGAUGAAGGAAGUGAGGUCUAGCAGUGGAAGUGACUUGUCCAAGGCUGCACAGACAGUGGAUGGCAGGGCUGAGACUGCCCUCCCCAGGCGCUCUCCCACUGGGCAUCCUUGGCAAAGGGCCUGGGCUGUGCUGCGGGCAGUGGCUUGCUAUGAGAAUAGGUGAGAGACAAGGGAGGUCUCAGCAAAGCCCUCUGGUGUCACCACGUGAAGGUGGUGGGGACAAGGGGCCCCUUGACUCUGUUGGUUGACAGUUUGGCAAGUCAGGCUUGGUCAAGCUUGACCUGGAAAAGGGAGAGUUGGAAGCAGCCGGGCUGUGCCCAGACCUCUAGGACAUGCGUGUUGCCUGAUGUGUGCGUGUGUACCUGGCAUGUGUGUUUUCAGACACUCACAGUCAUUACCAAGGAAGCCUUCUUGCUGACCCCUCACUUAACACUCCUGGCUGAUUCCUGCCCCUUUGUGCCUUACCCCUCCCCACGUGACCUACCACCUCCUAUCCAUUUUCUUUAAGCCACUCUUGAAGGUCCACUCAGUGGCACCCUGCAGUGGUCUCAGACCUCGCCCUGAAUUCUCCUUCUAACUCACCUUGUCCCACACUUCACCGCGCCCUCCAGGCGUCUCACCUGGAGGUUCACUUCCCCACUCCGGCCCCUCCUUGCUCCUCCCCUCAACCUCAAGCCCCAUUUUUCUCUGGCUUUGACCUUUUCCUCCUGCUUCACCUGGACUCAGCCUCUCUCCCGCCUGCAUUGCCGUCAGCCACUCUGUCAUCCCCAUCACUGUACUCUAGCGUGCUCCCCCAUGGGCACCACCCCUGAAACCGACCCCACGUCACCAGAGGAUGUCUGUGCCCCUCUGCCAAGACAACCUCCUGGGCUCUUCCCGACUGAUGUGGGAAGUUUUGUCCCAGGGACACUGUUACGUGGCUUCUCUUCCCAGCGCUAUCCGUGCCUAACAUUGAAGGAAACUUCUAGUAUCAAAAAGCAGGAGACUUGGAAGAGAGCUUGUUGAGUAAACGAAGGACCCAAAAGAAUACAGUUAGAAUGGCUGGCUGAUUCACGGAUACUUCAGGGCAGGGGAGCCUGGUGCUUCCUCACAUCGUACGUGACGACAGCCUCUUUCUGGCUUGGAGGAAAAGACCAGUGCAGCAUGUGGCCCAAAGCAGGAUCUUCACGUUCUAAAAGGGCCUGUGUGUGUACAAUGCGUGUACUGUGUGCAUGUGCCUGUGUGUACAGCAUCCUAGUGUUCUCCCAGACCGAAAGAUAGAGUCAGGGGAGAGAGGGAAAAGGCCUCUGCCCCACUCGUGGAUGCUUCUCCUGACCACCCCCAGCAGAGCACACCUGGGAGAAGGGAUGUGACAGCCCUUCCAGCCUGGCCGUCACCAACACAGGCAGCUUCUGUUGACACAGACCGGAAAGGGUCCGCUCCAAGGACAUAUUGCAGAGCUGCUCAGGUUGCAACUGCAGUGUCGUCUGACUGUCCAGAAGGGACCUGCACCUCGGGUUUGCUCUCCACACGUCAAGAACUUUGAUUUUUACCUCCUUCUGUUACCUUGAUCAUUCCCACAUUCAUGUUUUUCUUUCCGUGGCCUCCUUAUCCAUUUCUAAAGGAACUAUAAACAUUGCACUGUGAUUUUUAUUGUUGUUUUGGGAAGAUAGGCCCAUUUAUAUCUUUAUUUGAAGUUGAGAAGAAAAUACAAAAAGGUGCUUACUGGUCCUUUUAGUUCUUCCUGGGCUUCCAACCAGCAGCCUUCUUGCCUGGGAUCCUCCGUGCCGCGGGAGAGGCACGGAACCGAGGUGCUGACAGCUUGUGUCGGAAUCACAUGGUGUUUACUGUGCGCUGCGAGUCUAUCACAGCCUUGUUUCCGCACUGACAGCAAAUGCCAUAUGCAGAGGAAACAGUCCUGUCAGAUGGGCCCUUAAGGAAUCACAAUACGGCACAUAACAUCUUAGAACUGCUUUUGGGAAUGGGGGCGCACCUUGCCCUGAUCACACGGGAGCUAUGAGUGGCGACGCUUUCUCUGCCGUAACUGAAUGCAACGAGUUUGACACAAGACAGAGAUUACUGCAGUUUAUGUGACAAGCAGCCGAUUGGGAGGCUGCUUUUCCGGCAGUUCUGCGAAACCAGGCCUGGGCUGGAGUGUUACAUUCAGUUUCUGGACUCCGUGGCAGAAUAUGAAGUUACUCCAGAUGAAAAACUGAGAGAAAAGGGGAAGGAAAUCAUGACCAGGUUCUUCACCCCAAAGUCCCCAGUCUUCAUCGCCCAAGUCGGCCAAGACCUGGUCUCCCAGACGGAGGAGAAGCUCCUGCAGAGGCCGAGCAAGGAACUCUUUUCUGCCUGUGCACGGUCCGUCCAUGACUACCUGAGGGGAGAGCCGUUCCACGAAUACCUGGACAGCAUGUACUUCGACCGCUUCCUGCAGUGGAAGUGGCUGGAGAGGCAACCGGUGACCAAAAACACUUUCAGGCAGUAUCGAGUGCUAGGAAAGGGGGGCUUCGGGGAGGUCUGCGCCUGCCAGGUUCGGGCCACGGGCAAAAUGUACGCCUGCAAGCGCCUGGAGAAGAAAAGGAUCAAGAAGCGGAAAGGGGAGUCCAUGGCGCUCAACGAGAAGCAGAUCCUGGAGAAGGUCAACAGUCAGUUUGUGGUCAACCUGGCCUACGCCUACGAGACCAAGGACGCGCUGUGCCUGGUCCUGACCAUCAUGAACGGGGGCGACCUCAAGUUCCACAUCUACAACAUGGGCAACCCCGGCUUCGAGGAGGAGCGGGCCCUGUUCUACGCGGCCGAGAUCCUCUGCGGCCUGGAAGACCUCCACCGCGAGAACACCGUCUACAGAGAUUUGAAACCUGAAAAUAUCCUGUUAGACGAUUACGGCCACAUCAGGAUCUCGGACCUGGGCCUGGCCGUGAAGAUCCCCGAGGGAGAGCUGAUCCGCGGCCGGGUGGGCACCGUCGGCUACAUGGCUCCGGAGGUCCUGAACAACCAGAGGUACGGCCUGAGCCCCGACUACUGGGGCCUGGGCUGCCUCAUCUACGAGAUGAUCGAGGGCCAGUCGCCGUUCCGCGGCCGCAAGGAGAAGGUGAAGCGGGAGGAGGUGGACCGCCGGGUCCUGGAGACGGAGGAGGUGUACUCCCACAAGUUCUCCGAGGAGGCCAAGUCCAUCUGCAAGAUGCUGCUCACCAAAGACGCCAAGCAGAGGCUGGGCUGCCAGGAGGAGGGGGCGGCUGAGGUCAAGAGACACCCCUUCUUCAGGAACAUGAACUUCAAGCGCUUAGAAGCCGGGAUGUUGGACCCUCCCUUCGUUCCAGACCCCCGGGCCGUGUACUGUAAGGACGUGCUGGACAUCGAGCAGUUCUCCACCGUGAAGGGCGUCAACCUGGACCACACGGAUGACGACUUCUACUCCAAGUUCUCCACGGGCUCCGUGCCCAUCCCGUGGCAGAACGAGAUGAUAGAAACAGAAUGCUUUAAGGAGCUGAAUGUAUUUGGACCUAACGGUACCCUCUCGCCAGACCUGAACAGAAGUCACCCUCCAGAACCGCCAAAGAAAGGGCUGCUGCAGAGAAUCUUCAAGCGUCAGCACCAGAACAAUGCCAAGAGUUCGCCCAGCUCCAAGACCAGUUUUAACCACCACAUAAAUUCAAACCACGUCAGCUCGAACUCCACGGGCAGCAGCUAGUUCCCGCUCUGGCCUGGUGUCUGCGGCGGCCCGGCCGGCCCUCCUGCUGAGCAGCGGACCCGGGGAGCGUCCGCUCUGGCCGGGCGGCCAGGGAGCCCCCCAGGAGCCGAGGAAGGAGGCCGUUCACCUGUCGACGUAGAACCUCGCGGUUUCUCAAAGAAAUUUCCACUCAGGUCUGUUUUCCGAGGCGGCCCCAGCCGGGGUGGACUGGAUUUGUCCUUGUCGAACAUUGCAAUAGAAGUCCGGUUGGAUCUGAUAACUUGCACGUAUUUUAAUAGCGUCCUAACUAGAACUGAAUUUUGUCUUUAUUAUUUUUAAAGAAAAGUUUUGUAAAUUUCUCUAUUGUCUCAGUUUACAUUUUGUAUAUUUGUAUUUAAAUGAAAGUCCGACUUUGAGGGUGUAUAUUUUCUGUGCAGCCACUGUUAAGCCAUGUGUUUUAAGGCAUUUUAGGGGGGCGGGGUUUACAAAAAAAAAUGUGACUCAAGACUUCCAGAGCCUCAAAAGAGAAAAUGUUUUUAUUAAAUGUAGAAAAUGAUUCACAGUUCACUUUAAAGGAUUGGUUGUAUUUACCCACAUCCAUCUCUAUAACCUUCUCCUCACAUCGGAAUCACCAUUCUGUUGGCUGUAACCACCUGAAUUAAAUGCCCAAGACACACUUGGGACUCCUCCACCCCUGCUCCAGCCAGAAUGUCCCCUGUGGGGGCCCAGGGUGUCACCCGGGGUGUGCCCUCCUCCUUACGGGGUGCACCGUGGUCGCUUCCGCCUCUGCCGCCUCUUCCUUCUGGAAGGCGGCUGGUACUCAGAGAGGGACAUUCGCAGCCUGCAGGGCCCUGGGCCUCUUUCUUUCUCAGCAGGUCCUGACUGCUAAGCAACCCAGUAGUUUGCAAGAGACUUGCCUUUGGGGAUAUUUUUAAUGGGAGUGUAUGAUCGUAAGGAUUACUCACGGAGCCACAACUGUCCCAAACACUUAGGGCCCAUGGAAGCAGCAGGAAGCAAGAGUCAGUGGGCUUGUCCUGAAUGACCCCAACUCUGUGUCCGUACAGGGGGUGGGGAGGUCGCCCAGGGACCUAGGCAUGUUCCCCAAGUGGUCACAGGGUCUCCAGUUUGCUGGGCCACGUGGCAUGGGUGAGAUGGUCUCUCCUGGCAGACAGGAUGCCCAAGGGGGGCUGGGCCACCAAAAAAGCUCAAGGCAAACUCAUUGUCUCUUCCCUGGGAGAGCUGGGGAUGGAGACAAGCUCUAACUGGGCGUCUCAGACUAGCCCUCAGAGGACUUGGUGUCUUUGCUGGACCACGGCCCCCUGAAGGCAGUCCCCAGGCCCUCGUAGCAUGACUAUCGAGCCCCAGGGAGCUGCUGGCCACCCCCUGCCGCCUUGCCACAUGACAAGUGACAAGAAGCGAAUCCGCCCUCCCCUCCCCUCCAGGGCAGGGUGAGUGGUGAGUCGCACUGGCUGGGUCCCUGGCAUCUAAUUCUGCCUCACAGCUGGUCUCAGUUGCCCGGCAGCUGCCAGCGUUUCUCACGGCGUGGGCCCUGCGCUACGUGCUCUGGUGCCACCCGCUAAAAUGCAGAUUCCCAGGCUCCACCCCAAACCUGCAGAAUGGGCAUCUCUGGGAGCAGAGCCUAGGAAUAGGCAUCUUUAGAAAGCUCCCCAGGUCAUGCCGAUGACCCUAGCGUGGGAGAGCCACAGCUGCAUGCCAUCAGCAGGGCUUCCUGUGUGAUUGCCCUGAACACGCUUCUCUGGGUGACGCAGGCAGCUCGCAGGGAAGAGUCAGGAGCACGCCAGCUCCAUGUCCCGCUUUCCGUGCCCUCCCCAACUGCCCGUGGGUCCUGGGGCAUGCUGCUAUAAAGGGGCCUGACCUUUGGGACUCAUCAUUUUGAGGUCAUUUAACAAACAAAUGGGGGGAAGGAAAUCGUUGGGCUUACCUCAAAUCUUUUUAAUAUGCAGUAUUGUUUUCUCCAAGACCAGCCCUCAUCUCAUGGGGCUGCCCUCCUGUACCUUUGCUGGGCUGAAUACAAAACAAACGCAGCCAUAUUCAGGAUCUGCCGAGGAAGUGGGAAGCUCUUUCAACAGUGUUUUAAGACCCUCAAGUUCUUGCUGAUAUUUCCUGAUGAAAAGAAGAACCAUCAGCCUAGGACGGUCACCAGGCUAACCACCCCACCCCAGCCUCCUACUCUGUAGAUUAAUCCCUUCUGCCCCGUCCACUGCAACUCAGUCCUCGCCCAUCGAUGCCGUCUCUUUUUAUGCCUCAGAGCCAACGCACUGUCCAUUUGCAGCAGAGAAUCCCAAAGGAGCAAGAAAGGAAACACACCUGUGGCCGCCAUGUCCCUAUGUCACGUGCGCUCCGGCAAUACCAACACAUGGGCCUUGCACGGACUCCCAUGAUCACCCGAGUCUUCCUUCGUGUUCACCGCCUGUCCCUAGUGCCCGUAGCAGACAGGGGCAGAGUCACUUGGGCCUGUUACACCCUCCUCUUCCUUUUGGCCCAUACAUGGGCUGGAGCAAGAGAAGGGAAGUCUUUAGAACUGUGCCUGAAAAUCAGCCCUGCUCCCCACCUUCUCCUACUCCAGCCUUGGUUUCUGAGCUGCAUUUUUUAAAAUGAUGUUUUUAAAUUAAAAACAGCCCCUUCCGCCCACUGCCUGUCCAGGAGAAGGCACACUUGGACAGUGAGUGCAUCCGACUCCCCGUACUGCAUUGGAGCUCUUUGCAGAAGAGCGUGCCCUGCUCCAAGAGUGACGUUUUUUCUCACCGUACGUUCACUGACUCCGUGCCUUCGAGGUGAGACAUCGAGUCUCUUGGAACCGUCUCUGCUUCCACUUUUGAGGAGACGAGCUGCUGUCCCCGAUGGACAGGUGUGGUCUCUGCCGUGUUCCUCGAGGCCCUCAGGGGCCCCCAGACCGUCACCUGGACCAUCGAGAAGAGCCAACCCUCGCUGCGUGGAGGGUGUGUCCACGUCCCACAUCAGCUCAUUCUCCAGUCCUUCUUGGCCGGGAACAUGCCCUGAGGCCCGGCGGCUGCUCCUGGCACAGUGGCUAAGCGUGGCUCUAUCCUGAGUGGCCAUGUGGGGGUUUGCUUGUUUCCUGAUGUGCGUGGCUUGUCUUGGGGGGGCAGGUGGCAGGGAGGCCUGGCCUGCCCCACAGACACCAUGGUGCCUACCCACGGGGCAGCCCGCUGGGGCAAAGGCUGGCCGGGAGCUCUGGGGACUCAUGCGUGGACACCACCGUGGCAUUGGAAGCACAAGUAGAAAGCAGCCGCCUGCCUGCCCUGCAGCCCAGGUGAGCCCUGAGGACGCUGGAAUUUUCCAUGCCUCUCUGUGGAGCCCAGCCCCCACUGUUGACAUCCCUCUUGCUUCCUGCACCCCGUCCUUUCCCGAAAGGCUCAGGACAUCGGUUCCGGUGUCCCGCCGACUUUCUCACUGAGCUGCUGACCUCAAAGCGGAGGGGUCGUCCCGGCCUUGCCAAAGGGGAUGGCGGCGGCUCGGACAACCAGAAAUGUCUGGGACGGGAGGAAACGCCUGUCCGAGUGGCAUUUGGCUCUCCGCCUGGGCCUCCUCGUGUGCUCGCACAUCCUGCUGAGCGCCCAUACCUUUCCGAGGGCAACCUCUGCGGGUUGUCCCGUUUCCAUAACCUGACGCUCCAAGAAAGGAGCUUCUAGCUUUUAGCCCUUGCUAGGGAAAGGUAGUGAGUAUGAGGUCUCUGUGCAUUGGGAAGUGGCAUAGCUGAGUGAGUCGGGAACAGCAGAGAGCUGGAACCUUCCUGCUCACAGCAGACCACGAUGGGGACCCUCGCCCCCCAAGGCACCGCCUGCACCUGCCUUCACAACCACACACCCAGCUGUUAAGCCCCGACGUGCGCAGGUCAGACCCCGCCAGGCACAGGGGGUCUCGCUGGCCUAACUGCAAAGGCUUGUGCUAGGGACCAUGAUUUAAAACAUUUGGAACGCUGGCCCUCCCUAGGAGGGAGAGACACUUCCCCAAAAGCAGCAGCUAGGUGUCUUCCCCUGUCCACUGAGAAGUCGUUUCUGUACUAGACCCAAAGCAGGUGUUCUCAACUAGAGGAGUUUAGGGGUUGUUGGUGUUGUCAAAACAAUAAUAAUCACCUUAGCAUCCAAAGGGUUCUAUUUUUUUUUCAGGGAGAUUUUAACAUUGACGAAUGGAGACAGCUCCACUUUGGAGGCCAUUCCCGAAGGUAGUGGCUUGUGUCCUCCUGCUGCUCUGACUCUGUGUCUUCCGUCUAACAUGUCACAAUGCUGCUGGACCUAGAUCGAACCACUGUUGUUUUUUAAAGAGAAAUAAAUUCCUUAAUGAAAA